AAAUCAAGCGAACUAUCAAGACUAAUCGAGAAUUUAUAACUGGGGUAGGCAUUGCAUUAGCUGAAGCUAUACUCGAGCUACACGGUUCCUUUAUCUUAGAACGGCAUUUGGUCAUUUAUCUCGAGGAAAUUUUUGUCAAAGUAUUCUAUCUUCAUUUAGAAUAACCAAGCGAUCAGGAAAGCAAAACUCGCUUCGCAGCUGAGCGAUUGUGGUUUCUUGGGUAUAGAGUAGAGUCGACGCUGUCAGACGCUGUUUCGACAGUUAGCCUAGGAAAAAUUUCGUGAGUAGCAGCAUGUGAUAAUAAGCAUUUUUCCUCUUUCCCAAAUAUAUUUCGUUUCGUUUUGUUUCGCAGAAUAGAAUAAGCUUGGCGUUACUGACGGGCACGAUUUCAGACAAGCUAAAUACCCGCCAGUCUCGAAGCGAACCUGGAAAGAUAAAACGCCUUCUCUUAAGCUCCAGAAUACAUGCAUAUUAGGCAUUAUGCUCAAAUUUUCGAGCAUAAUAUAUCUAACUCUAAUUUACAGCGUCGAAUCUACUCUAUGUUGGAGAAACCACAACCCCUCAUCUGUGAAGCCAUUCUUGUUUUCCUGAUCGCUUGGUAAUUCUAAAUGAAGAUGGAAUACUUUCAGACGAUUAGAAAGUACUAGAAAAAGGCAUUUUGCCGAAAUUCUAGGAAAUUUUCUGACGUCCAGGCGUUUAUACCCUUUCCGGCUGCCGAGCAUAUAGCCAGAGCGUAUUAAUAACUGUAUGUAUUUGAUUUAAUUUGACCACUCUUUAGCCUGAAUUUCAGACGAUUGCUUCGAGUCGAAGUAUUUGAUCGUCAAGAAAUUCGGGCUAACCCCUUGGUUAUAUUCAUGGAUGGCUGCAUUUCGGGAGAAAUUUCUGGAAGCAUUUACGUCACUUUUGUUGAAACUGAAAGCUAAAGGAAGGAAAAAUCCCAUAGGUUUAGUUUCUUCUUGGUAGAAGGGUUGAUUGUUGCAAAUUGCUUAUAGGUAAGUUUUGUGCAAGUCUGGUUAUUAUGUGAAGGAAAAUGUAAUUGACUUUUAUACUUACUUGAUUUGCAAAAUUUUUUUUUUCUGGUAGACUUUUUCGUCGUGACAAAUCAAGCGAACUAUCAAGACUAAUCGGGAAUUUAUACUGAGGUAGGCAUUGCAUUAGCUGCAGCUAUACUCGAACUACACGGUUCUUUUAUCUUAGAACGACAUUUGGUCAUUUAACAUAAACAUUUGUUUUUGAGUUUUCCUACUUAUUGGUGAAUUCUUCGCCUGAGGAACUCGUAAAGAUUAAAGUAAUAUUCAUUCUAAGACAAGGAAUGUUUAGAUAGCAAAAUCUCCAAAAAUCCGUAAUGUUUUUUAACCCACAUAAGAGCUUUCCCGGCCGCCAGCUAAAAAUGCCGCGUCACGCAAAAGCCUGGAAAUUCAAGAGUACCGUAUCGAAAACAAAGAACCAGUUUGAACCUAAAACUUUUUGUAUAGGUCUUAAGGUGCUCUAGUGUCACAUGGAAGUAGAAACUCAGAAGAAGCGAUAGUUUCUUAGUUUGAAUUUUGGUGACGUCAUGUGAAAACCAAGAAUUCUUGGUGGGAGGUGUGCCGCCCGGUUCUUUAAAUCCUGACCCGAUAUCAGACCAAAAAAUGUUAUUUCCCACGCCCGUUUUCAGAAUAGACCUCUAAAAUCCAUACCCGUUGUCAGACCUGGCAUUUAGGCAGAAAUUAUGUUAUCUACGCGAACAAAAAAAAUUAUUCAAAUCCAGUUCGAAUUCGCAUAUUUUUCUCUCUUUCUUACUCAUUUGGAAUUGAAACGAUAAAAUACGUUCCUAGACUCCGUAGUUCCCUCGAAAACCAUACCCGAUUCCAGACCAAAAUGGGCAAAGUGUGUACCCAUUUUCAGACCAAAACGGCGCAAAAACCCUAGGGUCUGCCGGAUUAUGCUCGAAAAGUAGAGUAUUAUGCUUUCGGGCGUCACCCGUGAAACUAGGGUAUUAUGCUCAAAAUUAUGCUCGACUGGAGGUAUUAUGCUCAAAUUAUGCUGGACUAAAAUGACACUUCCACCCCACCCCCCCAUAGGCCUGUAUCUAUUAAUAAACAUUCCUAGUCUUUCAUUUUUGAAAGAAUUGUUAGACAAUAAUUAUUCAGUUACACAUUUGAUGAGCAAGCGAAAGGUCGGAAAUUGUGAGGCAUUGAAAGGCCUUACUGUAUGUCUUUCUCGAAUGAACUUGGAUUAUAGCAAAAUGCACUGGGUACGAGUCUAACGUAUCAAGUUAAAAUAUUCCCACUUUUAUCAACUUUCUACAUUCGCACAUAGAGCGUCGCUACGAGCGAGUUGCUGGUAAAAUUUGCAUACACCUCUCACAGUUUUCAGAAACAGAGGCAUUAUGUUCCAAAAAUAUUAGUAUUAUGCCAGCAUUAUGCCUGAUGCUCCAGAUAUAGUAUUAUGCUCAAAAUUAUGCCGGCAUAAUCCGGCAGACCCUAAAAAACCCUAUCCGAUGGGGCGGCACAUACCUAUUCUUGGUUUUCACAUGACGUCAAUAAAAUUCAAACUAAAAAAACUAUCGAUCCUACCGAGAUUUUGCUUUCACGAUGUAUUAGAGCAGCUGAAAACUAAAUUUCAUACAAAUUUUCGCUCCAAAGGGGUUCUUGGUUUUGUGAUAGAGUACGCUUGAAUUUCUAAGCUUCUGGUGACGCGGCAUUUGCAUGACGGCCAAGAAAGCUGUCGUGUAGGUUAAAAAAUGACUUAUUUCACAAAGUUUUGCUAUCUAGACAGUCGAUGUGUUAGAAAAAGUAUCACUUUAAUGUUUAUGAGUUUCUCGAAGAAUAAAUUCACGCUUUUGUAGCGAAACUCGGUAACAGAUGUUUCUGUUGGUUUCCGUCCGCCAUGUUGGAGCUCAUGUUGGUGAGCACCAGCAUGGCGUCUCCAUACAAAUCUCUAUAAAUUUGGGUAAAACGUUUCUUCGGAUAUCUCGCAUACGAAAUAUUCCUCUGACCUGAAUCUUGGCGAGGGUCUUUGUAUAUGUACCUCCUUUCAUUUCCCAGAUUCUGGACUUUAUCUAUUGAACGGUUUUGAUUUCUCUUUUGAUCUAUUUUGAAUGGCGUCACACUGAAAACCAGCAAUAUGGCUUAUUUAUGGCACUCCCCCCCCCCACACACACACACAUACGGGUGGCGCUGUCAGACGCUGUUUCGACAGUUAGCCUAGGAAAAAUUUCGUGAGCGCGUUACUCACGGGUACGCUUUCAGACAGGCUAAAUACCCGGCAGUCUGAAAACAGAGCUGGAAAGUUAAAAGUCCUUCUCUUAAGCUCCAGAAUACAUGCAUACCGUUCAUUAAUUAUGCUCAAAUUUUCUAGCAUAAUAAUUUACAUCUAAUCCUAAACAGCGUCGACUCUAUUCUAUGCCCAUGAAACCACAACCGCUCAUCUGCGAAGCCAUUUUUGUUUUCCUGAUCGCUUGGUAAUUCUAAAUGAAGAUGGAAUACUUUUAAAUGAUUAGAAAAAGGGAUUUUGCAGAAAUUCUAGAAAAUUUUCUGACUUCCGGGCAUUUAUUAGUUUAAGACCCUUCCCCGCUGCCGAGCAUAUAGCCACAGCGUAUUUUAAAAUAACUGUACAUUCGAUUUAAUUUGACCCUCUUUAGCUAACCUACGUGGCAGGCGUUAAAAGGGGAAGGGGAAGGGGGAAUUUGGGCCAGGAAGAAAGGAAAGGUUCCCCUCCUCCUUCCCCUCUUGCGCGCGGUCUCGCGCGGCCUUCUUCCCUUCCGCUUCUCUUUCGAACGCCAGCCACGCAGGCCACUGUUUAGCCUGAAUUUCAGACGAUUGCUUCGAGAAUGCUUCGAGCCGUUUUUACUCCAAUCUCGUCCCCAGAGGCCGCGAUGUCGCUGACCAAAAGGAAACGUACAUAUGUUAUCGUCUGAAAUUCAGGCUAACCCCUCAUCUGCUUUUUUUUUCAUGGAUGCCUGCAUUUCGGGAGCUAUUUCUGGGAGCACUUACGUCACUUUUGUUGACGUAGAUCAAAAUGAAACUGAAAGCUAAAGGAAGGGAAAAAUCCCAUUUAAUUAGGGUUGAUUGUUGCUUAUUGGUAAGUUUUGUGCAAGUCCGGUUAUUUUGUGAAGGAAAAUGCAAUUGACUUUUAUACUGACUUGCUUUGCAAAAUAUGAUUUCCUCGUAGACUUUUUUGUCGUGACAAAUCAAGCGAACUAUGGAGACUGCUUGGGAAUUUAUAUCUGAGGUAGGCACUCCAUUAGCUGAAGCCGGCUAUACUUGAACUACACGGUUUCUUUAACUUAGAACGGCAUUUGGUCAUUUAUCUCGCUGAAACUUUUGUCAAAGUAUUCUAUCUUCAUUUAUAAUAACCAAGCGAUCAGGAAAACAAAACUCGCUUCGCAGCUGAGCGAUUGUGGUUUCUUGGGUAUAGAGUAGAGUCGACGCUGUCAGACGCUGUUUCGACAAUUAGCCUAGGAAUAAUUUCGUGAGUAGCAGUGCGUGAUAAUAAGCAUUUUUUCUCUUUCGCCAAUAUAUUUCGUUUCGUUUCGUUUCGUUUCGCAGAAUAGAAUAAGUCGGGCGUUACUCACGGGCACGAUUUCAGAGAAGCUAAAUACUCGCCAGUCUUAAAGCGAACCUGGAAAGUGAACACGCCUUCUCUUAAGCUCCAGAAUACAUGCAUAUUAGCCAUUAUGCUCAAAUUUUCGAGCAUAACAUAUGUAACCCUAAUUUACAGCGUCGAAUCUACUCUAUUCCCGAGAAACCGCAACCCCUCAUCUGCGAAGCCAUUCUUGUUUUCCUGAUCGCUUCAGUGGUAAUUGUAAAUGAAGAUGGAAUACUUUCAGACGAUUAGAAAGUACUAGAAAAAGGCAUUUUUCAGAAAUUCUAGAAAAUUUUCUGACUGCCGGACAUUUAUAGUUUUUUUUAAGACCGUUCCCGGCUGCCAGGCAUAUAGCCACAGCGUAUUAAUAACUGUGUGCAUUUGAUUUAAUUUGACCACUCUUUUACCCUGGUCCCAGAGGUUUUUCUUGAUUUUUCUUCGCGAAAGAGAUCAAGAGGAAGCCGCGAAGCGGCGACAACGAGUCGCAAAAGCGACGAGGAGAGAGAGAAAAACCUCUGGUUACCUUGGCCUCGAAUCUCACUUUCAUGCAGACGACAGCGUCAGGAUCUGACCCUCGGGCGUUGAUUGGUUGAUAGUUUUUCAAACACGCAAACCAAUUUGAUUGGCUCGUUUAAUUGUAACUACCGAGGGGACGCUGAGGAUUUUCACACCUCAUUUUGCCUCUCUCUACUAGGGAAGAAAAUUGUUUGUAUGCUGCACUCGCAAUAACAUUUGCACGGGACCAAGACACGUAAAGGCACGCCAUAUUUCGAGAUUUUGACAUGGAUGUUGUUCCUGAAAGAAUAUUCGAAGAAAUUUUGACCUCGGUACUUAAUGAGCGCUUUCCUGAGUCUCCCUGAACGACAAAAGAAAGCUUUGUUCGCUGCGUUGAGUCGAAAGGAUGUGUUCACUAUUUUAUCAACCGGACAUGGAAAGUAUAUUUUCUGUAACAAUACUGUCAUUCCAUUAAAUAAACUAACUUGUUUAGGGCUGCAAAAUAAAAAAUCUCCGAAUACGGAAUGAAAGUUUCCUUGUAGGAAAAAAAAACAUACAACUUUGUACAACUACGUAAACAUUUUCGGUGCAGCUUGAUUUUCCUGUGACGCCCAAAAAAGAUCUAACCAACGUUAUUUUUGGCAUAGACCUAUUCGGCUAACUCAAUGUUGUACCCAAUUCAAAUCUCCCGGGGAUAAGAUUCUUUGUGUAUUGCAUUUGCAUUAUAAUGUGGCAUUCACAUUUAAAUGAUAUGGAAAUUCCUGAAACAAAACGUUUUAUUCCCAAAGGGUUUGAAUUGGGUACAACAUUGAGUUAGCCGAAAAGGUCUAUUGGGUCAACAAAAACCUCUGAAAGUACAUGUUGUGCUGCAUGACUCUUCCUAGCGUCGUUGUUCCACAAAAAAAGGAACGGUGUUUAGACAAUGGCAAAAUUUGCAAUAAAUUCACACUGUAGUUAUAAGAAAAAUUUAGCCGUUAAGUCACUUUGUAUUAUUAUUAAAGAAAAAUUUAGCCAUUAAUUAACGGCUAAAUUUUACUCUUUACUAAACAAAAAUUUAUCCAUUAAUUAACGGCUAAAUUUUCAUUAACUAUUUAUAAGUGAAAUUUUCAUUAACUAUUUAUACAAACGAAAAAUUUAGCCAUUAAUUAACGGCUAAAUUUUCAUUAAUAUAUAUACAAACGAGAAAUUUAGCCAUUAAUUAACGGCUAAAUUUUACUCUUUACUAAACAAACAUUUAGCCAUUAAUUAACGGCUAAAUUUUCAUUAACUAUUUAUAAGUGAAAUUUUCAUUAACUAUUUAUACAAACGAAAAAUUUAGCCAUUAAUUAACGGCUAAAUUUUCAUUAAUAUAUAUAUACAAAACGAGAAAUUUAGCCAUUAAUUAACGGCUAAAUUUUACUCUUUACUAAACAAACAUUUAGCCAUUAAUUAACGGCUAAAUUUUCAUUAACUAUUUAUAAGUGAAAUUUUCAUUAACUAUUUAUACAAACGAAAAAUUUAGCCAUUAAUUAACGGCUAAAUUUUCAUUAACAUAUAUAUACAAACGAGAAAUUUAGCCAUUAAUUAACGGCUAAAUAAUUCCCAUACAUAUAUGAAGACAGCUAAACUUAGCCGUUAUUUAACGGCUAACUAUUUCCCAUUAUAUACGAAUCAUGCAUUUUUAGCCGUUAAUUAACGGCGAAAUAUUUCCCACUAUAUAGGUAUCAUGCAUUUUUAGCCGUUAAAUAACGGCUAACUAUUUCUCACUAUAUGUGUCAUGCAUUUUUAGCCAUUAAUUAACGGCUAAAUAUUUGCCAUGCAUAUAAGAAUACAGCUAAACUUAGCCGUUAUUUAACGGCUAACUACUUCCCACUAUAUAAGUAUCAUGCAUUUUUAGCCGUUAAUUAACGGCUAAAUAUUUCCGAUAUAUAUAAGGAUACAGCUCAACUUAGCCGUUAAAUAACGGCUAACUAUUUCCCACUAUAUAGGUAUCAUGCAUUUUUAGCCGUUAAAUAACGGCUAACUGUUUCUCACUACAUAAGUAUCAUGCAUUUUUAGCCGUUAAUUAACGGCUAAAUAUUUCCGAUAUAUAUAAGGAUACAGCUAAACUUAGCCAUUUAAUAACGGCUAACUAUUUCCCACUAUAUAACUAUCAUGCAUUUUUAGCCGUUAAUUUACGGCUAAAUAUUUCCGAUAUAUAUAGGGAUACAGCUAAACUUAGCCGUUAAAUAACGGCUAACUAUUUCCCACUAUAUAAGUAUCAUGCAUUUUUAGCCGUUAAUUAACGGCUAAAUAUUUCCGAUAUAUAUAGGGAUACAGCUAAACUUAGCCGUUAAAUAACGGCUAACUAUUUCCCACUAUAUAAGUAUCAUGCAUUUUUAGCCGUUAAUUAACGGCUAAAUAUUUCCGAUACAUAUAAGGAUACAGCUAAACUUAGCCGUUAUUUAACGGCUAACUAUUUCCCAUUAUAUAAGUAUCAUGCACAAUUAACGGCUAAAUAUUUACCACUAUGUAGGUAUCAUGCAUUUUUAGCCGUUAUUUAACGGCUAUUUCUCACUAUAUAAGUAUCAUACAUUUUUAGCCGUUAAAUAACGGCUAACUUUUUCCGAUAUAGAAGGAAAUAGCUAAACUUAGCCGUUAUUUAACGGCUAAACAUUUCCCACUAUAUAAGUGUCAUGCGUUUUUAGCCGUUCGGCUAAAUACCUCCAAAACAUAUAAAGAGACUGCUAAACUUAGCCGUUUGUCUCGGAUGGAUUCAUUUGGAGUACACCAGUCUAGUAAAUCGAAGUGGGCGGUUUGUGGGCCAAGUGAAUCUACCCUUCUGUUUCCGCGGGUGCCUCGAGUAGAAUUUAAAAUGUAUCUUUUUUAUCCAUACAGAAGAUCAAAACUAAGAAGAAGAAGAUCAAAACUACAAUAGUAUGCCGAUGUUUUCUUACCAAAAAUAUGAACUGUAUUAACCGCUUUGGACAUCCAAAAUGAAAGUUAUCAUAAAUUCCUGAGUUUUCUUAAUUCGUGGAAUAAGCAGAAAUUCAAAAGACAUUUGUAAUGUUUUUUUUUUGUUUUAACAAGAACUAGCCAGUUAGGCAACAUUUAGCACGUACAAAAUUUUGAAAAACGUUUCAGGUUAAUAGUUUUAUGUAAAUAUUAAUUUCCAAUUGAUAGUUUAACAAUUAAAUUGAUCAGGUCAAGUAAAAGAAAAUUUAGUUUGACUUGACAGGAACUUGACUUACGCUUAAUAGAAUAUAUUAAUCGGUUUCGUCAAAUAAUCAGAUUAGUUUUAUGAAAGACGAACUUUCAACUACAGAAAGAUUGGCGGUCUCUAAUCCAGAUCAAAAUAACAGGAGCCCGAACAAUCUCCUCAGAGAGUUCCAUAAUGGCUGUCCCGAGCAUGUUUUGUACCAGUAAUAUCUAGUCGGUUUAAUUAUUAGAACUACUUAAUAAAGUACUUAUGGGUAUUGAGUUGCUAGUUUUACUUGUCCCACCCCUUCUUCCAUAAUAUGAAAAAGUCGAUUCAUCCAAUUUUAAACACAACAUUUCUCGCGAGUAGUAUACAUUUAAGGUAAACAUCUCCUUCAAAUAAAAUUCGAUAACAUUGCUGAAGUUUAGGCCUCAAACACAGAUGACAAUAAAAUGCAAUUUUAUAGUUAUUCCGGGGUCGGGCAUUUGAACACUUAUCUCAGCCCCACCGUGAGGUCUUUGUAUGAAUUCCCGGCUGCCAGCCUCUAUCGUAGGGCAAUUGCAGUGGUUCUGAAAAAAAAAAAAAAACAAACAAACAAACAAACGCCCCACAAAUUCCCGGGGAGGAGGGAUAAUUUCCAUGUCAUUCCAUGAUUUGGCUUCGCAUUUCUUUCCAAAUUGAAACUUUUCUUUCCUGGCAAAAGCCCCCCUUCUCUACCACCCUUACUAAAAACCGAAUAGACCACACAACAAAAGUCGUUUGCCCAUGGCCUUCUCCUGGUUUUAUUGGCUUCUGACGUUCUUUAUCCUUUGAUCUUCCCUCACAGCCAUUUUGAAUGAAGCGACAAAAAAACGGCUGUGAGCGAGAGUAACGUCCUAGCAUAAACAGCCCAUUUUGGCAGAAUCAAUUAACGGCUUAAAGAACCAACCGCGGAGCAGUUCUUUUAAUGUUGGGUCCGGUAAGAAGGGAGGGGCAAAUUUCGUAGUUCUCUUUUUGAGGCCGUUUAGAAUUAAAUUUCAAAUUACUGAACCUCUCCCCAGCGCGAUCCCUAUAGUCCGUACAUAAUAAGCCGUUAUUUAAUGGCUAAGUUGAACCUCCUAAAGAAUAUGGCUAAGUUUGACCUCCUUUAUCUAUAUAUGUUGAAAAUAUUUUGAAAUAUUUUUAAGUUUGACCUCCCUCAGGUAUAUAUUGGAAUUAUUUAGCCGUUGAUUAACGGCUAAGUUAAACCUCUAUAAACAAAAAGGAAUUAUUUAGCCGUUAAUUAACGGCUAAGUUUAACUUCCUACACGGAUAUAAAAUAAAAUGUUUAGCCGUUAAUAAACGGCUAAGUUUAACCUUCUUUCCAUAUAUAUGGAAAAUGUUUAGCCGUUGAUUAAUGGCUAAGUUUAACCUUCUUUUCAUAUAUAUGCGAAAUGUUUAGCCGUUAAUUAAUGGCUAAGUUUAACCUUCUUUUCAUAUAUAUGCGAAAUGUUUAGCCGUUAAUUAAUGGCUAAGUUUAACCUUCUUUUCAUAUAUAUGCGAAAUGUUUAGCCGUUAAUUAAUGGCUAAGUUUACCUUCUUUUCGUAUACCUAGGAAAUGUUUAGCCGUUAAUUAAUGGCUAAGUUUAACCUUCUUUCCAUAUAUAUGGGAAAUGUUUAGCCGUUAAUUAAUGGCUAAGUUUAACCUUAUUUUCAUUUAUACAGGAAAUGUUUAGCCGUUAAUUAAUGGCUAAAUUUUACCUACUCUACAUAUAUAUAGGAGGAAUAUUUAGCCGUUAUUUAAUGGCUAAUUUUCACUUACUACAUAUAUAGAGGAAAUGUUUAGCCGUUAAUUAAUGGCUAAAUAAUUUCUAUAAAAAGGAAAAUAUUUAGCCGUUAAUUAAUGGCUAAAUUCUCGGUUUGUAGAAUAUACAAAGUGACUUUAUGGCUAAAUUUUCCUUAUAACUACAGUGUGAAUUUAUUGCAAAUUUCGCAUUUAUAUAUACUGGAAAUGGAGCCGCCAAACCAAAAUGCGAGCCAGAUUGCCAGAAUACAUAUUAAUAUUACUAUUUUGAAGGGAAUGCCCGCGAAUCGACGCGAACGGCGCGCCCCGCAGAAGUAAACAAUGCAAUAAGCGCGAUUGAUAGACUCUUGCAAACUUUACAACUUCCCGCUGGCACACUGCCGACAGAACAGAUGACAAUGCUUGUGAAAAAUCCUUGUUAUUAUACCCAAAAAAGUUGAUUUUAGAUCGGCCACUUACUUUUACAUAACUUCUGCAAAUCCUGCAGCAGUCGUUUGGAACAAUGUCGGUUUCUUUAUAAAGUGGUCUCCUUAUUCCUGGACUCUUGUCGCCCAUCGUUAACACAUGCUUUAGCUUGACCCCGAUUAACAAAUCACUCUUUACCACCCAAGUGGAGAUGGUUUGUUCAUAACAUAAUUUCCCCAGGUCUACCCCCACUUAAAAAAAUAGCGGCUGAUAAGCACGUGUUUGCUAAGUUGCCAUUGGUCACUCCUUUUAUUGGCAAUUUGACGCGUUUGACAGCUGUCGUCUGCAUGAAAGUGAGAUUCGAGGCCAAGGUAACCAGAGGUUUUCCUCUCUCUCCUCGUCGCUUUCGCGACUCGUUGUCGCCGCUUCGCGGCUUCCUCUUGAUCUCUUUCGCGAAGAAAAAUCAAGAAAAACCUCUGGGACCAGGGUACCACUCUUUAGCCUGAAUUUCAAACGAUUGCUUCGAGUCAAAGUAAUCGUCAAGAAAUUCGGGCUAGCCCCUUGCUUUUAUUCAUGGAUGGCUGCAUUUCGGGAGCUAUUUCUGAACGCACUUAUGUCAGUUUUGUUGAAACUGAAAGCUAAUAAAGGAAGGUUUAAUUUCUUCUUGGUAGAAGGGUUGGUUGUUGCUUAUAGGUACGGUUUAUGCAAGUCCGGUUAUUUUGUGAAGGAAAAUGCAAUUGACUUUUAUACUGACUUGUUUUGAAAAAUAUGAUCUCCUCGUAGACAUUUUCGUCGUGACCAAUCAAGCGAACUAUCAAGACUACUCGGGGAUUUAUAACUGAGGUAAGCAUUGCAUGCUGAAGUUAUACUAGAAGUCCUCGGUUCCUUUACCUUAGAACGACGCGUAUUUCGUUCUUUAUCUCGCGCAAACUUUUGUUAAAGCAUGUCUGUGUUUAAUAAGCCUGUGUUGUAUAUGAACUUUCAGUUCGCAGGGGACUUUUUCAGCGAUAGUACCCAUCAUGUAGGAUUUCCUCUCAGCCCUUUCACUGAUUUAUUAUGCAUACAUGGUUAUCAUUCCACUCUGUAUACAGUUGAACCUGAACUUGAACUUGUUUUGCAAAAUAUGAUUUUCUCGUAGACUUUUUCGUCGUGACAAAUCAAGCGAACUAUCAAGACUACUCGGGUAUUUAUAACUGAGGUAGGCAUUACUAGAACUCCACGGUUCUUGGUUACCUUAGAACAGCAUUUGGCCAUUUAUCUCGCGGAAGCUUUUGUAAAAGCAUGUCUCUGAUUAAUAAAGCCUUGUUCGGUGAGGGUAAAAGGUGGAAUGAGUUUGCAGAAUGGCAUGUGGCAUGGCUUGCGGAAUGACAUAAUUAUGCGGAAUGUAAAAUACAUACAUGUACAAGAUCCGUUUCAUCUCUGAAUAUUAUGUCACGAUCACGUAACCCACUGUUUGAAAAAGAAACACUUCUCACGCGGUUGCAAAUACAAAUAAAGGUAAAAAGAAACUGUAAAGUUAAUCGUGCAAACAUUUUGGCCGAGAAACUUAAAGUAGAAGGGAGCGUGACCUUCCAAAAUAACUUUUCUUCAAUUAUGGCCGACUUUCGUGCGGUAGUAUCAGUGCUACCAUGCAGCCCGACUAAUAAAGGCAAGAAGAAUCUUUGCCGCUGUGCAGAAAAGGCUAAUCGACAAUGAGCCUUCGUGGCUUUUUGAUUGUCAUCGUAUGUCAACAUUAAAACAGAGGCUGCGUUUGCAGAUUAAUUGGCGCCAAAAAAGGGCGCACUUUUCAGUUUAAUUUAUUUCUUUGGGUCAUUCUGCAUAUAUUACAUUCCACAUAAUUAUGUCAUUCCGCAAGCCAUGCCACAUGCCAUUCCGCAAACUCAUUCCGUCUUUUACCCUCACCGGGCCUUGUUGUCUAUGAUCUUUCAGUUCGCAGGGGACUUUUUCAGCGAUAGUAGCCAUCAUAUAGGAUUUCAUCUCAGCACUUUCACUGAUUAAUGUAUCGGACAAAUCGAAGCUUCAACAUCCCCUCCCCCGGGCAUUUGACUUUUUGAAAAAUAUUGUUCAAAUUCCCCGCUAUCCGGGCCAAAAUGCCGCUUAAAUGCCCCACACUAGGGUCCAUUCAGGUGAUCAAAUGCCCCCACCACGGGGACAUUUCACAGGCACAUAAAUGACAGAAGGACGGCAGAAACGUCUUCCAGUGGUCUUCGGUUGUGGAACAAAAUCUUUAUAAAUACAGCAAACGAUCUGCAUUCAAUAUAACAAAAACUGAGAAACACUGUUAGCGUAUUUACUAAGAACAAAAGUCUCGUGCAAAGCGGCGGAAAUCGCUGCUACAAGGUCACUGAAGGCUCAGAGUUUCUUCGUGUGUCAUGCAACAUACAAAUCGUUCUUUAAAAAAAAUCCCACCUAUUGAGAUUACUACAUCAUGACAAAUUCACUGACAUGCAUCAUCGCUCACUUGAAUCGCCGGUAUAGGUAUUGUAAUUCGUUAUAAACACAACUUAAUACAUUCAUUUAUUCAAAGCCUGAAUCCAAUAUUAAAAAUAUUAAAAUUUAAAUAACUUCAAAUACGGCACAAACCUCGUAACCAAUUGGCCACAAAGGCACAAUCUUUUCCACGAAAAUCCUCUAACACCGCGUCCCCCAUGACAGCUAGCCACGCCAGAGAUUUCACGUGAACUUGAGGGUGCAGUUCAAAUUCCCCACCUCUAACGCAUGGAGAUGAAAUUCCCCACCCCCUGGAAGACUCUGAUAAUCAAAUUCCCUCCUCCCCUAGUUAGCCUGUUCCAGGCGUUCAGAUAGUGGGGAGCGGUGCGAAGUAAAAAGGAGCGCGAAAAAAUAAAAGAGAGGGAGGAGGGGAGGUGAGAGAGGGAACGCCUGUUAGAUUUGUUUUAAAUAGACUCUUCCGCCCACUCAGACCGCAUCAGCUGUAGGUGGUCUUCACUUGUCAAUCAAGACUGGUGUUACAGCCCCAUACAUUUAUUAUUUUUCUUGCAAAUAAAUCAAAAUUUCUCAGAUCAAAAAUUAAUAUUGUGUAUACAUAGUCUUACUAAAAACCUAAUGUAAGAGUUUCAGACAACAGAGAGUGGGAGAAGUAUUCUUGUCCAAGGAAUUUAUUUACGGCUUUAAAACAUGAUUUCAGCGUGUACGUGACAAAAAAUUAAGAUUCAAGUGACAAACAAAUACCGCUCAUUUCGAUAGAAAGCCGUUUCAAUACAGAUCGUUAACUCAAGCAAUGAAAAUGCACAACAAUUGCAGGGAAAGUUUACCAUUCGGUGAUUGAGUGGACCUCUUCAAUAGCGAUAGCUGGAGCUUGCUUUCCAACCUUUUCUUCUUGAAGUCCUUUUGACACGAUUUGGGACUUCAGUAUACAAUUUCACAGCUUCCACUUUUAACGACCUCAUCCACAUCUUCUCCUAUCAUUGCCGCCGCUACUCCGAUUUUGUUCUAAUGUUCCAGUCGGUAAAAUUGCGAAGACAUCUAUCCUGCCGACUAGGUGUUUUAAAAACAGUUUCUUUGCUCUUCGCGUUUACCCUCCACGUUUGGAAAGUGACUCAGCGAUGUGUUUGUUGCGAGUUCGAAUUCUGCGUGACGGGACGUAAAGUCGGUCAUCACCGCCAUAUCGCAUUUCUCUCUGUGAUCGAAGACGCUCCACUGUUGACAAAAACUGUCAAAAUCAACCAAUCAGAGGGUAUACCAGGAUCUGGUAGACCGGAACGCACUUUUGUUAAAAAUUCUCAUAAGCGUUCCCGCACCUCUCUCCCCAGUCCCCCUCUACGUUUAAUCGCUUUCUUUACUUCGCACUGCUCUCCACUAUCUGAACGCUUGGAACAGGCUACCCCUAGUCUGCUACACAGCCGUUAUUAGUGUCGUCACGCAACGCUCCUGCCAACAAACUAGUGGGGAGGAGCGUUGCGUGACUACUCGUCCCCGGGACGGCAAAAGUGUCAAAUGCCCGGGGGGAGGGAUGUUGAAGCUUCGAUUUGACCGACACAUUAUUAUGCAUACAUGUCCGUACUCAUAGUAGUCUGCUACACAGCCAUUUUUAGUGUCUGCGUUGCGUGACGACGUAAAAAAAGGGUGUGCAGAAGAGUCAUAUUUAUCAUUUGUGUUAAAUUAUAAGGGCAAGCUGUAUACAGAAAUCUUUCUAAACCGGCUCAUCCUCGGACGGGUGUAUUUGAAAAGAACUUGCAAUCUUCCUAAGUGACAUGACACAAAGAAAUUCAAAGAUGUCAACGUAACAGAGCUAUACUAGUUAAGGAAAAUAGGAAGUUAAAAAAAGCAAAACUCCCCAGGUUUUUACACGUACCGAGCUGUUCUCCAUGCGCCUUCCUUUGCGCACACGAGGAAAGUUGAUGUUGGCGAAUUUCAGGUAAAACAUUAGGGCAGUCUGAGACUCUGGCGACAUCGAAAACCACAAAUAAAAGGCUUCUGGCGGGAACAAUCCACAGUAGGUUUCUUAUCUACCUAAAAGCUAUCUAUGGACAAAUUCAUUUUUUAACUCCUGCCACGAGAUUAAGAUUGUUCUCGAUUUUUCCUGACGGUCGCUCUUAGGCUAAAACCGAGAAGCGCAAGGAGUCAGGGGGGAUUUGCUAUUUUAUAUGAACCAUAAUUAUAAUUUUCUGAAAUUCCACAAGCUUAAAAUAACUGGUGGUAUAGAAAUAUAUAUUCUUUUCAUUUGCUGUUCAUUUGUAUUCCGCUAGCAAGAGAUUUUAAACCUUAGAAAUAAGUUCACUUUCCGAAAUUUGACUUUUCUGAAUAUUCCUACUCGCCCGAUUUGUAGUUUGUUGCCAAAAGCUGUAGUAUUUUCAAUGCAGGGUAGAUGAAUGUACAACGACUAGAUAGAUAAUACACACCAUGUUUAAACAAUGGUAAAUCUGGUUUCUUUUUCAUUUCGAUCACUGAUCACCAAAAAGAACGUCUUUUUCCUUUUUUAAGAGAAGACUCCAGUUUAUCAAGUUACAUGACACAACGAUAAAAAAACAAGUAGAACGAUCACUACUUGUGGCAAACCAAAUGCGACUGUGAUCGUGGACAAAAGCGAAUAAUAAAAGAGCUAAGAAAUAAGCUUUUACUCAAUGUUUUAAUUUUACUUUUCAUUUUCGUUAUCGUACGUUAUCUUACAUGAAGAGAAAUUGUAUCAACGGGAAAAAAACACAACAUAUCUACACUUUUUUUUCAGAAGAGCUGAAAUAGCAAAGCAGGCAAAAAUUGUGACAAUUAAAACUAUCUUCUGGACAAGCAGUACGUAGAUUUUAUCUGCAAUUUGUUAGUGGAAUGGCUGCGAAAGGACAAACAAAGGCCACCUGUAAUCUUGGAAAUACCAACACGAUUGCCGAUGAAGUUGGAGAGAGGACAGAGGAAGAAAAAGGGAAUAGUACAAUUGGCGACUCCUAUGUUAACUGUAAAGAUUUCCAGGAAGCCAUCGAGUACCAUAAACGACACCUCAAAAUUUCCAAAGAAGUGGGAGACAAGGCAGGAGAAGGAGAGGCGUACUGUAAUCUUGGCAACGCCUAUCGCAGUAUUGGAGAUUUCCAGAAAGCCAUAGAGUACCAUGAACGAGACCUCAAACUUUCCAAAGAAGUGGGAGACAGGGCAGGAGAAGGAACAGCGUACUGUAAUCUUGGCAACGCCUAUCGCAGUAUUGGAGAUUUCCAGAAAGCCAUAGAGUACCAUGAACGAGACCUCAAACUUUCCAAAGAAGUGGGAGACAGGGCAGGAGAAGGAGUAGCGUACUGUAAUCUUGGCAACGCCUAUGACAGUCUUGGAGAUUUCCAGAAAGCCAUAGAGUACCAUGAACGAGACCUCAAAAUUUCCAAAGAAGUGGGAGACAGGGCAGGAGAAGGAAAAGCGUACGGUAAUCUUGGCAACGCCUAUCGCCAUCUUGGAGAUUUCCAGAAAGCCAUAGAGUACCAUGAGCGAGACCUCAAAAUUUCCAAAGAAUUGGCAGACAGGGAAGGAGAAGGAAUUGCGUACGGUAAUCUUGGCUGCACAUAUAACAGUCUUGGAUAUUUCCAGAAAGCCAUAGAGUACCAUGAACGAGACCUCAAAAUUUCUAAAGAAGUGGGAGACAGGGCAGGAGAAGGAAAAACGUACUGUAAUCUUGGCAUCGCCUAUCACAGUCUUGGAGAUUCCCAGAAAGCCGUAGAGUACUAUGAACGACACCUCAAAAUUUCCAAAGAAGUGGGAGACAGGGCAGGAGAAGGAGGAGCGUACGGUAAUCUUGGCAACGCCUAUAACAGUCUUGGAGAUUUGCAGAAAGCCAUAGAGUACAAUGAACGACACCUCAAAAUUUUCAAAGAAGUGGGAGACAGGGCAGGAGAAGGAAGAGCGUACUGUAAUCUUGGCAGCGCCUAUGACAAUCUUGGAGAUUUCCAGAAAGCCAUAGAGUACCAUGAACGACACCUCAAAAUUUCCAAAGAAGUGGGAGACAGGGCAGGAGAAGGAGGAGCGUACGGUAAUCUUGGCAACGCCUAUAACAGUCUUGGAGAUUUGCAGAAAGCCAUAGAGUACCAUGAACGACACCUCAAAAUUUCCAAAGAAGUGGGAGACAGGGCAGGAGAAGGAAGAGCGUACUGUAAUCUUGGCAGCGCCUAUGACAGUCUUGGAGAUUCCCAGAAAGCCGUAGAGUACUAUGAACGACACCUCAAAAUUUCCAAAGAAGUGGGAGACAGGGCAGGAGAAGGAAUAGCGUACUGUAAUCUUGGCAACGUCUAUGACAAUCUUGGAGAUUCCCAGAAAGCCAUAGAGUACCAUGAACGAGGCCUCAAAAUUUUCAAAGAAGUGGGAGACAGGGCAUGUGAAGGAAAAGCGUACAGUCAUCUUGGCAACGCCUAUCACAGUCUUGGAGAUUUCCAGAAAGCGAUAGAGUACCAUGAACGACACCUCAAAAUUUCCAAAGAAGUGGGAGACAGGGCAGGAGAAGGAAAAGCGUACGGUAAUCUUGGUAUCGCUUAUUACCGUUUUGGAGAUUACCAGAAAGCCAUUGAGUACCUUAAACUUAACCUCAAAAUUUCCAAAGAAUUAGGAGAAAGGGCAGGAGAGGGAAGAGGGUACUGUAAUCUUGGCAACGCCUAUCAGAGUGUAGGAGAUUUACAUACAGCCGUUCACUGUUAUAAUAACAGUGUCAUUGCUUUCGACCACAUCAGGAGAAAUCUCAUAUCUAAUGACGAAUGGAAGAUUAGUCUUGGGAGUACGUAUGAUGAUGUUAUUUUGAGGCUAUGGGGGCUGCAGGUUAAGCAAGGUAAAGUCGUCGAGGCACUUAAAACUGCUGAUCAUGGACGUGCCCAAGCUUUAAAUGAUCUUCUGGAGUUUAAGUAUGGGUUAAAAGGGUUAUCUCCAGAAAUAGGAACACUCUCUGCAGCAACACCUGACAUUCUUAGUUACCUACCAUCAAAUACAGCUUUUAUAGGUAUCAACGAGGGGGAGAUAGUUCUCUGGGUGAACGAGAAAGGAAAAGAAAUCAAAACUAGAGGAACUCAGAUCGAUAUCUCCGGCACAACCAAUUUUCAGUCUCUAUUGGAGACUGCACGUAAAGAAAUAGGUGUGAGAGCUGUUGUUAACUGUGAAGAUCGCUCAUUAAGGAACCCAAGAAAAAGAAAAAGAUCCAGCAAGCCAAGGUCUCAUUCCUCAUCUUUUGAGCCAAAGUCAUUGCAGACAUUUUACAAAGUUGUUAUUGACCCUAUAAGAGACUUACUCCAAAGCGAUGAUCAUGAGGUUGUGAUUGUUCCACAAGGACCUCUUUGUUUGGCCCCUUAUGCUGCUUUCAUUGACUUGAAAUCUAAGUACCUCUGCGAAACUUUUAGAAUUCGCCUACUUCCCUCACUUUCUACUCUGCGAUUAAUCCAAAAUUGUCCAGCAGAUUGGCACAGCAAGACUGGCGCUCUUCUCGUCGGUGAUCCGUGGGUACAGGAGGUAACGACGCUAGAGCAGUUAGCGUGGGCCGAAAAGGAAGUGCGGAUGAUUGGGAAAAUACUUCAAACUGAACCUCUCGUUGGAAAGCAGGCAACAAAAGAUGAAGUGUUAAGACGUAUCUCCUCGGUUGCUCUGGUGCACAUUGCUGCUCACGGUGAAAUGGAAACAGGAGAAAUUGCCUUGGCCCCAAACACAACACGUUUAUCCGUGAAUCCAGCCAGGGAGGACUAUCUCUUAACUAUGAAAGAUGUUUUAAAGGCGCAGAUUAGGGCAAGACUUGUUGUACUUAGUUGUUGUCAUAGUGCCCGGGGUGAAGUCAAAUCUGAGGGUGUGGUCGGUAUUGCACGGGCAUUUUUAGGUGCUGGUGCUCGCUCUGUUCUGGUGUCUCUGUGGGCGAUCGACGACGAAGCUACUAUGGAGUUCAUGAAAGUUUUCUACCAACAACUAGUCCAUGGACGAAGUGCCUGUGAGGCUCUGAAUAAAGCCAUGAAAUCCAUGAGAGAAUCUGACCGCUUUAACGCUGUGAGGUACUGGGCGCCGUUUGUUCUCAUUGGUGACGACGUAACGUUCGAGGUUGAAGGUAGCAAUGAAUAA